GAAACGGAUUCCAUGGUCGUGGACGCAGGUGCUGCGUGGAACAGCAAUCCAAGAAACAAAUUGAGCCAACAAAUCCCUAAUCUCGAGCAACUUCAAUUUUCAUUACCUUCCUUAACGAAGGAACCAACACCGAUCGAAGGCCAGCCUAGUCACCCCGCAACGAUGAAUAAACCAGAGGGCACAGAAAGCCAAUUUUUUCUUUCUUCGAGAACGAACGGAUCAAAACAGGUCGAAAAGGGCGAACCCGUUUCAACAGUAACCAAUCAAUCAAAGGGCAGAAAGAGUCAAACUUCACCCAUUUUAACAGCGCCCAAAACCAAACAGACCGAAGAAGGUCAACUUCCUCUCAUGUCAACCACAAGCAGUCUAAGGAGCGAAAAGAGUCAUUUUUCUUCUGUUUCAGAAAUGGGCCAAAAGGGGUGCCAAGAAAGUCAAUUGUACCCCUUUCCAACGACAGGCGAACUAAAUCGGAUCAAAGUUGACCAACGUGCUCCCAUUUCUGCAACGACGAAUGAGCCGAUGGACAAAGAGUAUCAUGUUUUCCCCAUCUCAGCAACAAACGAACUGAAAUGGGUCGAAGAGGAUCAACAUGCCCCAGUCUCAACGGGAAUGAAUGAACUAGAGCAGGCCAGAGAGAGUUUGAAUUAUCCUAUCCCUGGAACAAGUUCUUCGAGGGGGACAGUGGGGAAGAGCGAAGAUGCGUGCUUUACAUGUCAAGUUCGCAGGAAGGUACGCUUCUUAGGAGCCUUAUGUAUACUGGUGCGUACGUUAUCUACGCUACCCGAUCACAGACAUGUACGAGGCGCAUUGGGGAUUCCGGAUAUCCAUGUGACGAAUGCUCGGAUGUUCGUCUCCAAUGCUUGCAAAGUGAUGGACAGAGUCGGCCCAUAUGGUUAG